AAAAAAAAGAAACACGCACACCUCGUGGCUGCGUCGCUUGACGGCAAAUUACAAUUUAAAAAGGCGACAUGGCUUCAUCGGUGAUUUGCAGAGAAACACAGAGCAGGGUGAGUUCAGUACUUAACAGAGAUGUGAAGCAAUAUGGAAAGAAGUACAUGUUUGACUGCAAUGAAGAGACAUGCUGGAACUCAGACCAGGGAGAAUGUCAGUGGGUGUCUCUGGAGUUCCCCCAGUCUGUCAAGCUGUCAGAGUUAAAGGUCCAGUUCCAGGGAGGCUUCUCAGCAAAAACAUGCAGACUAGAAGGUUGUCCAAAAGAUGGAGUCUUUACAGUGAUCAGCCAUUUUUACCCAGAAGACAACAACUCACUUCAGAGCUUUCCCAUACAGGAGGCCCCUGCAGUGGACAAAGUAAAAAUAAUGUUUGAGAAUAGUGCCGACUUUUUUGGGAGAAUAAUUGUUUAUUCCUUGGACAUCCUGGGAGAAAAAGCCUCAUGACCAUUUUUUAAACCUCUCAUGAGAGAGGAAAUGACCCCUGAGUAAAGUACGGGACACAGGAUGGUGUGGUGGCACUUGGGAAACAUGUCAUCUGCACUGCCACCUCCUCAACUGAUGUGAACGUGGCCUUUUUUGGUAUGAACGCUUUCAGGGAUCUGUCAGGCAAUCUCUCUUCAUCACUCAAAGACAGGAGGCUUGGCAUGGAGUCUGAAUUAGAGUUUUAAUUGUAUUUAAUGGGUCUGUUGUGAUGAUAAGAGCACUUGUAAUCACUUGUAAUCUAUACCUUCUGUAUACUGUGCCUUUGAGUUGAAGUGGCAUUCCAGUGGAACAAACUGUAUAAAAAUAAUUUUUUAUUAAAACUUGUUUACAAUCCUU